GCAAAAAAAGGAGGAUUGGCAGCAGAUGUUACCUCAGGGCUAAUCUUCCUCAAAAAAAAAAAAAAAAAGAAAAGAAAAAGAAACCAAUAUUCCAGAUUCCUUCACUUUCCCAUUCUGGUACUCUUUUGCCUAAACCUUCUCCCUAAGGACUAACCCCACCCCCAUCUAAAAUCGGUUACUAUACUCUCCUCUCCUACUUUAACUUUCUUUCACUCUAAUACAAAAUGCUUGCCCCUUCCUCCAGCCUGAGGAAAAGACACCACUGAGGUUCACUUUCAGAAAAUAAAUAGAGGAAGUAUGACAAAAGGAACUGAGUGACUUGGGCGGGGGUGGGACGCGGGUAUGACACAUGACACACACACGUGUCAUUUUCCUUCAACCCCAUCUCUCUAAUUGCUUUUUACAGUUUUAACUCUGAAUCCCCUCUAAGCUCCUUCCUAGCAUUGCUCUCUUGCUUCUGAUUCUCUUGUCAUUACAGAUGAAAUCUUCAUUAGCGAUACCGUAUUGCAUGUUUCCUAUACUAGUCUGUUCAAAGAGCUCCUACUUUUAAGUCUAACCUUCAUCUCUUAGGCUGUAGCUCUAGCCCAUUUCCUUUCAUUCAAGUAAGAACAAUACCCGUCCCUAUCUCUCUGCACCCCUUAUCCUGUGCUCUCUUUGUAUUUAUCCCUUAGGUUCUAACAGGAUCUUCCCCCUCUACAGUUCUUCAAGAAGAGAUGGGAUUGCUACCACCCUUCCCCAGAAAAUAACGAAAGGAAACCGCGGCCAAGGCCCAGCCGAACCCAGGAAACCGUGCCCCACCCAGGCCCAGUCCCUGCCCACACCCUUUAACCGGCUCCAGCCACUCCCGGGACCGAGGUCGAGGGCUCAAACGGGCAGCGGGACUACAACUCCCAGCAGGUUGUGCAACCACGCCCCCGCCUCCGCAGCUCCCGCCCGCCCCCCGAUUCUCCAUUGGCCUUCCGGGGGUGGGGAUUAAAUGGGAGGUGGCCGAGAGGCUGCGGCCGGGGUUUGUCCCCUGCUCGGCUUCCGUAGAGGAAGGCGCCCAGACCUGAAUCUGGGAUUUCGGUUCCCCCCCUACCCCUUCCCCGGGGUCCGGGGGUGACAUUGCACCGCGCCCCUCACGGGGUCGCGUCGCCACCCUACGCGUACUCCCUAGCUGGCGUGCUCUUCCCAUUCGCCUCUCUUGGCCCGGCCUCCACCCCGCCCCCAGCUGCCCAGCCAUGGGGGCCGCGGUGUUUUUCGGAUGCACUUUCGUCGCUUUCGGCCCGGCCUUUGCACUUUUCUUGAUCACUGUGGCUGGAGACCCGCUUCGCGUCAUCAUCUUGGUCGCGGGGGCAUUUUUCUGGCUGGUCUCCCUGCUCUUGGCCUCUGUGGUCUGGUUCAUCUUGGUCCAUGUGACCGACCGGUCAGAUGCCCGGCUCCAGUAUGGUCUCCUGAUAUUUGGUGCUGCGGUCUCUGUCCUUCUACAGGAGGUGUUCCGCUUUGCCUACUACAAGCUGCUUAAGAAGGCAGAUGAGGGGUUAGCAUCGCUGAGUGAGGACGGAAGAUCGCCCAUCUCCAUCCGCCAGAUGGCCUAUGUUUCUGGUCUUUCCUUCGGUAUCAUCAGUGGUGUCUUCUCUGUUAUCAAUAUUUUGGCCGAUGCACUUGGGCCAGGUGUGGUUGGGAUCCAUGGAGACUCACCCUAUUACUUCCUGACUUCAGACAUUCCUGAACCCCUGGUACGAGGCCAGCCUGCUGCCCAUCUAUGCAGUCACUGUUUCCAUGGGACUCUGGGCCUUCAUCACAGCUGGAGGGUCCCUCCGAAGUAUCCAGCGCAGCCUUUCGUGCCGACGGCAGGAGGACAGUCAGGUGAUGGUGUAUUCUGCCCUGCGCAUCCCACCCGAGGACUGAGGGAACCUGGGGGGGACCCCUGGGCCUGGAGUGCCCUCCUGAUCUCCUCGCCCUGUAUUGCUCCAUCUCCAGUACUGGUCAGUGCAGGUUGCCAAGAAAAGGGACCUAGCUUAGCCAUUGCCAUGGAGAUGAAAUUAAUGGAGGCUCAAGGGUAGACGAGCUCUGAGUUACCCAGUACCCCCUCCCCAGAAUGGACAUCUUGGUCUUUUUCUCAGGUCUGAGGGGAGCCAUUUUUGGUGUGAUAAAGAACCCAAACUGCCUUUUUUUGUGUGUAUGGGGAGGAGGUAUGUUGGAAUUCUUCUCCUAACCUCCUUGGACUGUAUUUUCCCUCCUCAAAUUGCUCCUCGUGUCUGGGCUCAUAUCUGUCCACCUUUCCACAUGGUCCCAGGCCUUGGUGGAAAGGAAGGAAGUGCAUGUUUGGGAACUGGUAUUACUGAAACUAAUGUUUUAACCUCCUCGACCACCAGCGUCCCUCCUCUCCCCAAGGUGAAGUGGAGGGUGCUGCCGUGAGCUGGCCCACUCCAGAGCUGCAUUGCCACUAGAGGAGUCAGACUACCAUGACAUUGCAGGGAAGGAGGGCAGAAUUUUUUCUAGUUUUUAAUUAGGGUGUGUGGGGGGCAGGGAGGUUUUCUAUAAACUGUAUCAUUUUCUGCUGAGGAUGGCAUGACCCAUCCUUUUAAUCAAGGUGAUUGUGAUUUUGACUAAUAAAAAGGACUUUAUAAUUGUG